CCUAACCUAACCUUCCCUCUCCCUUCUUCCGCAGUGAUGUGCAGUGAGAGCGGCCCUGUCAUCGUGGAAGAACCGGACAACCGCGUGGACUUCAGCAACUCGACUGGCGCCAACAUCCACUGUUCCGUGCGCGGCCACCCCAAACCCUCCGUGGUGUGGGUGCGCGCUGAAGACGGCAAUGCUAUCGGUGAUGUUCCCGGACUCCGAAGGGUUCUUGCUAACGGCACGCUGAUGUUUCCACCUUUCCGCGCUAAGGACUACCGCCAGGAAGUGCAUGCCCAGGUGUACCGCUGCCAGGCCUCCAACCCCCACGGCUCAGUCCACUCCCGAGAUGUCCACGUGCGCGCAGUGGUGCCUCAGUUCUACCAGACGGAGGUGAACAACGAGCACGUGAUCCAGGGCAACGCGGCCAUCCUCAAGUGUGUCAUCCCUUCCUUCGUUGCCGACUUCGUCAGUGUCGCCGCCUGGGUCUCCGACGACGGCAGUACUUACCUUCCCUCCGGCCACGACGCUCACGAUGGCAAAUACCUGGUGCUUCCCUCCGGCGAACUGCAUAUCCGCUCCGUCAGCUCCGAGGAUGGCUUCAAGAGUUACAAGUGUCGCACUGUGCACCGCCUCACCCAGGAAACCCGUCUCUCCGCCACCGCUGGACGCCUCGUCAUCUCCGACCCCGUGGGGUUCUCGGCACCCAAGUUCACGUGGGAGGAGCGAGUCAACACACUGCUGACGGUGCUCAAGCCGGCCGCCUCGAACGUCUCCCUCUUCUGCGAGGCUCAAGGCUUCCCCGUGCCGGCAGUGCGGUGGUUCAAGUUUUCAGAGACCGGACGCAAGGCCUCCGUGGAGCUCGGCGAGAGGAUCAAGCAGGUGGGCGGCACCCUCAUCAUCCGCGAGGCCAAGGUGGAGGACUCCGGCAAGUACCUGUGUGUGGUGAACAACUCCGUGGGCGGCGAGAGUGUAGAGACUGUGCUGACCGUUACGGCCCCUCUGAGUGCUCAGGUGGAACCCAAAGUACAGACCGUAGAAUUUGGCCGGCCCGCCACCUUCACCUGCACCUACCGCGGCAACCCCGUCAAGUCCGUCAGCUGGCUCAAGGAUGGCGUGCUGCUCGAACACAAGGAGGCUGUUCUUCGCAUCAACUCUGUGGGCCGAGAGGACAAGGGAAUGUACCAGUGCUUCGUGAGGAAUGACCAGGAGUCUGCUCAGGCCACCGCUGAACUCAAACUUGGAGGACGCUUUGAGCCACCCCAGCUGACCUACACCUUCGAGCCCUCCACCCUGCAGCCCGGCCCAUCUGUGUACCUCAAGUGUGUGGCUGCCGGUAACCCCACUCCAGAGAUCACCUGGGAACUUGAUGGCACUCGCCUCUCCAACUCUGAAAGGAUGCAAGUUGGCCAGUACGUGACCGUGAAUGGCGAAGUAGUGUCCCACCUCAAUAUCUCCGGCGUGCUCACCAACGAUGGCGGCCAGUACGCCUGCAUUGCCUCCUCCACUGUGGGCUCCGUCAAGCACGCUGCCAGGCUCAACGUUUAUGGACUCCCCUACAUCAGACCCAUGGACAAGGUUGCAGUUGUUGCUGGAGAGAACAUGAUUGUCCACUGCCCUGUUGCUGGUUACCCAAUUGACUCAAUUGUUUGGGAAAAGAACGGCCGCAUGCUUCCCAUCAACCGCCGCCAGCACCCUCACGACAACGGGACCCUGAUUGUGGAGGCUGUGGAGCGCAGCUCCGACCAGGGCCGAUACACCUGUGUUGCACGCAACACCCAAGGCUACACUGCACGCGGAGAUCUUGAUGUUCAGGUCAUGGUUCCCCCACAGAUCUUCCCUUUUGUCAUUGGUGAACCCGGUGUAGGAUCAGACUUUUUGAUCCAGUGCAGUAUAUUGGCUGGGGAUUCUCCCAUUGAUCUCACCUGGUAUUUGGAUGGUCGCCCAUUUACUUCUGCAAGGAUGGCCUCCACUCCCCAUGACCUGUUUCAAAUCCCAAGGGAGCACCAUGAGCCUGAGGGUCCUUGUGGCCCUCUCCCUGAAAGUAGCAGUGUGGCAUCUAGCCCUGGUGGUCAUGGCAGUAGUGCCUUGGAAUAUAAGGGCCUUAAGGAUGGUGUGGAUCCUCUUAUAUCGGUGACUCAGCUGGGUGACCGCUUCUCAGUGCUGAAGUUCUCACCUCUGUGCCCACGCCACUCUGGGAACUACACAUGUGUGGCUGCCAACUUGGCAGGCAGUACUAUGUAUACUGAUGCUUUGAUUGUCCGGGUACCUCCUCGCUGGAUUGUUGAACCCACUGACAAGGCUUUUGCCCUGGGAAGUGAUGCUCGCCUUGAAUGCAAAGCUGAUGGCUUUCCCCGACCAAGUCUUGGAUGGAAGAAGGCUGCAGGAACCACACCCGGGGAUUACCGUGACCUUGCUGUGAGCAACCCCAAUGUGAGGGUAACUGAUGAUGGCACCCUUCAGAUUGUUAACAUCCAGAAGUCCCAUGAAGGCUAUUAUUUGUGCGAGGCCAACAAUGGCAUUGGUGCUGGCCUCUCUACUGUCAUCUAUGUGCGCGUUCAAGCUCCACCUCAGUUCAAGAUUCAGUACCGCAACCAGACUGCCAGCCGAGAAGAAGAUGCCGUCUUGGAGUGUGAGGCCGAGGGAGAGACACCUAUUGGCAUUUUGUGGAGCAAGAACAAGCACAGCAUUGACCAGGCAACUGAACCAAGGUACACUAUCCGUGAAGAGAUGAGAGGUGGCAGUGUUCACAGCAGCCUGAGCAUCAAGACAACUGAUCGGACAGACUCCGCUGUGUACACCUGCGUCGCAACUAAUGCUUUUGGAAGUGCUGACACCAACAUCAACCUUAUUAUUCAGGAACGCCCUGAACAGCCUAGCAGCCUGAAGGUCCUUGACAAGAGUGGCCGCUCAGUUGAACUCUCAUGGACCCGCCCCUACGAUGGAAACUCUCCUGUCACUCGAUACAUUGUGGAAUACAAACUCAGCAGACGUAACUGGGACACUGAUAGUGAGCGCAUGAUGGUACCUGGCGAGCAAAACAUGGCUGGCGUCCUGGACCUGCGCCCGGCAACCACCUACCACCUCCGCAUUGUUGCCAGGAAUGAGAUUGGUGACUCUGAGCCCUCCGACACUGUCACCAUCAUUACUGCAGAAGAAGCUCCCAGUGGACCUCCUCGUGACCUUAAAGUAACUGCUGUGGAUCAGAACUCACUCCGCGUGACCUGGAAACCACCCCUUAGGGAAGAGUGGAACGGAGACAUUCAGGGAUAUCAAGUUGGAUACCGUCUGGCUUCAUCAAACAGUUCCUAUGUUUUUGAGACUGUUGAGUUCAGCAAGGAGAUGGGCAAGGAGCAUCAUCUAGUUAUUACUAAGCUCAAUGUGUACACUGAAUAUGCUGUCGUUGUUUCUGCCUUCAACAAAAUUGGACAAGGACCCAAGACUGAUGAGUUCCACGCCUACACCGCUGAAGGCACCCCCCAGCAGCCCCCUCAGGAUGUGACUUGCACCACCCUCACCUCCCAGACCAUCCGUGUGUCCUGGUCAUCUCCUCCAUUGGAAACUGUUCAGGGAGUUAUCAAGGGAUACAAGGUGUUCUAUGGACCCUCAGACGUAUGGUAUGAUGAGGAAAGCAAGGAUAUCAAGAUCACUUCCUCCACUGAGACCCAUCUCCAUGGCCUUCAGAAGUACACCAACUACAGCCUCCAGGUUCUGGCACACACCUCCGGCGGCGAGGGGGUUCGCUCACAGCCAAUUCAUUGCCAGACUGAUCAAGACAUCCCUGAGGCACCCACUUCCGUCAAGGCUUUGGUCAUGUCUGCCGACUCCAUCCUUGUGUCCUGGCUCCCUCCCGAGCGACCCAACGGUAUCAUCACACAGUACACUGUUUACUACAAGGAACAUGGCAAGAGUGAUACUGAGGCCACUCAGCAGAAGCUGCUCCCAUCUCAACUUAACUACGAGGCAAGUGGACUGAAACGCCGAGAUGCUUAUGUGUUCUGGGUCACUGCCUCCACCACCGUCGGGGAAGGAGAAAUGUCCGAGUUGGUGCACCUUAAGCUGUCUAACAAAGUUCCUGCUAAGAUUGCUUCCUUUGAUGAGGAGUAUUUGGCCACCUACAAGGAGGAUGUGAAACUUCUGUGUCAAGUUGUUGGACUUCCUCCCCCUGAAAUUAGGUGGACUGUUCAUGGAGAGCCCUUCACCCCUAACGAACGCCUGCGCCUCCUCCCUGAAGGCUCCCUAUUGAUCCGUGAAGUGUCUCGUGAUGAUGCUGGCGAAUACACUUGCCACGUGGAGAAUGCCUAUGGCCAAGACACCAUCACACACAAGCUGCUCAUCCAGGCUCCUCCUCACCCUCCGGAAAUUACACUGCUGUCAACAACCACAAACAGCAUUGAAGUCAAGCUGAAGCCCUCCGUAAUUGAUGACACGACCCCCAUCCAUGGCUACACCAUCUACUACAAACCAGAGUUCAGCAACAGGGAGAGUGUUCAGGUGUCGGCCUCCGUCCGCUCUUACACACUUGAGUCUCUGUGGUGUGGAUCCCAGUACCAGAUUUAUGCUUCUGCCUACAAUAAGAUUGGGACCGGUGAACCCUCAGAAGUUCUGAACACACGCACAAAAGGCAAGAAGCCUGAAGUUCCUGAGGUGCACCGCUUUGUUGAAGUGUCUUCCUCCUCCAUCACUCUGCACCUGAAUGCCUGGCAAGAUGGUGGCUGCCCAAUGAACUACUUUGUGGUUGAAUACAAGCCAAGGCACCAGUCUGAGUGGAUAAUGGCCAGUAAUCAGGUGAAGCCAAAAGGAAAUUAUGCCAUCAUGGAGCUUACCCCGGCCACCUGGUACAACCUGCGUAUCUCUGCCCACAACAAUGCCGGCUCCUCUGUGGCUGAAUAUGAAUGUGCAACUCUUACUCUUACUGGAGCCACGUUGCCACCAUCUGUCCCGGACAGUCACGUUUCCUGGCUGCCUGACUGGUGGCCAAAGUGGCUGGAUCUCAAUGUCCUGGUGCCUGUCAUUGCCACGAUCGUCGUCAUCAUUGUGGGCAUUGUUGUCGUCUGUGUGGCUGUGACGCGCCGCAAGAAUGGCAUUGAAAACUUGAGACUGCGAGAGGAAGUGUACCAGCAGUACCAGUACAAUGCCAGCAUGCCCCCACCCUCAACCAUGGAUAAGCGUCACCCAGGCUUCAGGGAGGAACUUGGUUACAUUCCCCCACCCAACCGCAAGCUGCCUCCUGUCCCCAACUCUCAGUACAAUACAUGUGACCGCAUCAAGAGAGGUGGGGGGUCGGGUCGCAGGGAACAUGCCACCUGGGACCCAAGACGACCCAUGUACGAGGAACUCUCCCUCCAUCCCCCCCCUGGGCGACGUAUUCCCCCUGGAGGGCCUCCACCACCACGUGGCUCCCAGGACACCCUUAGAUCAGGUGGUGAUGAUGAGAUUUGCCCCUAUGCAACCUUCCACCUUCUGGGCUUCCGUGAAGAAAUGGACCCACAACAGGCCGGCAACAACUUCCAGACAUUCCCUUACCAGAAUGGCCACGGCUCUCAGCAGAACUUCGUCAAUUCUCCCGCUUCUCGAAGCAUGCCACGUCAUGGGUCUGGCAACUACUACAGCUGCGUUACUGGCGACUAUAACUGUGGCCAUGCCCCGAACGAAGGCCACCAGCCUCGUCAUGGUUCUGGCAACUACUACUCCUGUGUAGCUGGAGAGUAUGGCUCGGGAGGUCCUCCCAGCAGCACCUACUACUCAACUGUUCCUGGGGACAUGACAUCCUCACGCAUGAGCAACUCUGCCUUCUCCCCAACCUAUGAUGAUCCUGCUCGCUCUGAUGAGGAAAGUGACCAAUAUGGAGGAUCAACAUACUCAGGUGGUGGUCCAUAUGCUCGUGCUAUUGACUCAGUGUCUCAGAGCGGCACUGCCAAGCGCUUAAAUGUUGGAGUGUUUCCUGGCACUGCUUCCUUUGGCUUCUAUUGGCCUCAAAGUAGCCAUCGCGGAUAUAUCAUGAACCGAGGCAGUACCUCCGGAAGUGCAGGCCAAGGAUCUCCUGAGCCUCCUCCUCCUCCUCCACCACGUAAUGGUGACCUCCCUCUUGAUUCCUCCGGGCUAGGGUCAUCCCUGAAUGACUCUAAUAACUCUACAGCUUCAAAUCAGUUCUCUGAGGCUGAAUGUGAUCAUGACCUUGUUCAGCGCAACUAUGGAGUGAAGGCUACCAAGAGUACAGAGGAGAUGCGCAAGCUCCUGGACAAGAAACUAAUCAAGACCUAAAUGAAGCAGCAGCCCACAUUCAAAAUGGAGGCCUAAGAAUGGUGAGCGACGAGAUGAAUGUGUGAGGUCCUCUGUGCCCCGUUGAAGGAUCUCACCCACCCGUGCCAUAUUAGGCAGCCUGUUUACCGCCCCUGUCAUCUACCCAUCAGUGAUACUGAUUAUCUACACUGAACUCAGAUACUCAACACACAUUUACAGUAAGGAAAAUGUAAGAAGAGUAAUGAGAAGAGCCUGGACACCCCUGUAUGUAACACUGCUCAAAUGUGAGCACAAAAGAAUCCACUUGUUGAUCUUCUGACGAAUUCUGGACCAGUUUUAUAGAAGUUAUGCAUUCAGGAGGAUAAACUCAAGGAAUACAUCCUUGUAUGAUAAUGAAGCUCUCUACACUGGAAUGAUCAUGCAUGUCCAGAAAAGCUGAUUAUUACAAGAAAGAAAACCCAUGGAGGACAUUUCCAAUGCACAAGAUUAUCCCCUAAGAAUACUGUAAAGAAAGUCAUGCCAGCAAGCUGUAUGUGUUCAUCGGGGUGACCCAAGUCUUCUUCAGUGUAGUGUCACAGCCCUCAUCCCCACUCCCAACCCCCGCUCAUGAGAUUAAUCUACUGUGGACUCCAAUGUUGUGCUCCCUCAGUACUAACGCAAGCCAUCACUGAUUGACGUUUAUGCUUUGAGUGUUUCUUGCAGUGUUGUGUAUCACAUAACAGUAGCAGUAUUCCUUUUCUGCCCUGUGCUCUGAUUGCAAUCUGAAUAUGAAAGCAGUGCUUGUGUUGUAGUGCUUCUGCACAGGUAUAUUAAGGGCUCACCGUCAGUAAUGCAUUUCUUAUGCAGUAAGUCCCUACCUACCCUUAGCAGUUAAUGGAUCGUCUUCAUUGGCUAAUGGACCAUGUGUGCUAAGUGAUAGUAUGAGAUGAACUAAGUAUUGCUGUGUGAAUCAUCCAUGACGGUGCUACUUGGAAAUGACUCUCGACUUGUUUGGUGUUCUGUGUACUUUGUGAUACGAACCAAGUCUAGUCAGGAGCGGGGGACAAAACUGUGACUGUCAGAACCUUCGUGACACAGAUGUAACCAGUACGCUCAGUUUCACUAUUUUAUACAAAUUUACUAGCAUCAACCCAAAUGGGAAAUGAGACAGAGAGGACACCGAGAGAGAAAAAGAGAAAGAAAACUGCACAAGAUGUAAAGAAAUAUUUACAUAGUGAUUUACAUUUACCCUUAUAUAGUGAUGUAAAACAAUUUACAGUUUCAAGAUAUUUAACAAAAAUUUUAUCAGUAUUUAAAAGGUAAUGUUGAUCCUACUGUUGCUUGUCUAUGGAUAACCAAUGUGAUUUGUAAAGGUGACCAAGAAACCUUAUAAAGCAAAAUGUUAUGCUUUAUCAGUCCAGUGCCAUCUCUCUGUCUACUCAUUCUCCCAUAGCGUUCCUAGGUGUCGCUUAAUCUCCUCAGCUUGCAAGACAAUAUGUGACUUCACCAGUAAUUUUAGAUUUGCUUAGUGCUUUCAUAUGGCAGACUGUACAAUUGCUAAAAAAAAAUAAAAAGUAGAUGAAAUUGCUGGGAACUUCACUAUAUUCGUAUAUAAAUAUACAUAUAUAUUGUAUGGCAUCUUGAUAGGUUAUUCAUGAUUUGUAUAUUGAAUUCAUCAAUAUUAAUUAGAAGCAACUGGCAAAGCCUCAUUGCCAAGUUUGUCUCUGAUUAUAGUUAUUUCCAUUGUCAACAUUUUUAAUGAAUUUAAGACAAACUGUUGAUGUGUAAGUGUGUGUGCAUUGCUUCUUAAUAGUGUAGAACUGAAUGAAAGUUAUUAUGAUAAAACAUAGAUAUUAAUUACUUGCAGAACAGUUGUACUUCUAUGAUGAAUAUUGGCAUACUUCUCAUGCAAGUGUCCAAGAAUAGUUGUAACUCUUAAGUCUGUUAAGCAGUGUUUUGGAGAUGAGAAGUUUUCAGUCAUUAAUAUUAAUUUUCAACAUUUAUGUUUUAUCCUCAACCAUAAUUUUCUACUGGGGUAAAGUUACAAGAAAAGAUAAGUUUAUUUCUUUUUCUUAUCAUUAAUGAUUUGUACGUCUCAGUCAUCCAAAACUUGCUAACAUCUUCCAUAAGCUCAAGUGUACUAAAUGUAGUCUCUUUUAAAUGUUGCCAGUGUAAGCUUUUCCUGCCCAUAGUCAGUUAAUUAUCGAACAAUUCAUUUUCAUUAGCCAUGGAGUUCUUGAGGAGAAUUAUUGCCAGACUUGUAGCAUGGUCGUGCUUUCUAUCUAUGCAUAUGUAUAAUUUUAUCCACUUUGAUCAGAAAAGCUACAUCCCCAAAUUUAUAUAAUGCUCAAGUUUUUUGAGUAGAUAAAUGAAUGCUUUUUCUACUGCUUUUAGAUAGGAUAAAUUAAUGUUGGAAUCUCAGUAUUAGGCAAUAGACAUACAUGCAAGACACUCAAAGCACAUUUUCUUGGAUUUUGAUUCUACAGUAACAUUUUUUGUAUGUAUGUUAUCCAUUGUCUGUUAUUGAUUUGUUUAUACCAAUUUUUAAACAUUAUAGGAUAUGUGUGAUUAAGCUUUAUAGUAGACAGUGAUUGUCAUUAUAUUUACCAGGGAGAGCAGGUGCUAAUGGGAGGGGGACACUCGAUCUGCCAAGGCUCAGGCUGGAGCUCCACCUGUCCAGCUGAGAACAAUGUGGAAUAUACCGGCAUUUCUUGUUAUUCUUUUACUACAGUCAGCAUAGGCAUUACAUUUUUUAUUAGCAGUUUUUUUAGGUGUGUAUGUAUGUAUGUGUAUAUAUAUAUAUAUAUAUAUAUAUAUAUAUAUAUAUAUAUAUAUAUAUAUAUAUAUAUAUAUAUAUAUAUAUAUAUAUAUAUAUAUAUAUAUAUAUAUAUAUAUAUAUAUAUAUAUAUAUAUAUAUAUAUACUGGGUGAUAAUAUACAUAGUUAUUCAAAGGUGACUCAUUUUAGUGAGGGAGGAAGGAUGCAAGAUGUAUCAUAUAUUAUUAAUGAGUGAUGAUGCUGUAUGAAGAAUAACAAGAAGUAACAAAACUACAGCCACAGACUCUGUGAUUCCAAAGCUUCUGAUGUUAUAUUUUUUUUAAAUCUGGCAGUUUUUAGGGGGAUAAACAUGUCCAGAUGAAGAAAUUAACAGAGGAAGGCUUUAACUGCAGAAGGACUGUACUGACCUAAAAGAGAGACUCUCCAAUACUGUUAGUAAAGAUAGUCUCUCUAGGAAACAAUUCCCUUUCCUUUUUUGGAAGGUGAAGAUUUGACUAGAGCAGUGGCUGUAAUGUCCCUCUGCCCAGUAGUUUUUCCUUUCCCUGUAGACUAGACUUACACAGCCAUGGUUUUCUUCAGUAAUGUCAAUGUAACCACACAUUUAUGGUUAUUGAUACUUAAACACUGAGAUUGUUAGAUGUUCAGUUAUCUUGUAGCAGGUAGCAGAACUUAAAGUAUUACCACUGCAUGAACUAUAACACAUUGACAUUAUAUAACCAAGUUUUCUAUGGUAAACAUAAUACCCACCUGCUUCAUACAAUGGAUUGCUCUUCAUAGUCAAACAAAUCAAUAUGUGAAUCCUCCCUUAUCAAAGAUGAAAAGAAAUGAAAUCCAAGAAUGGUAGUGCAACAGAAAGUGGUUGUCUACAGAUAUUGCUUAGUCAAGUUCCUUUAUCCUGUGUUUUAUAUAGGAAAUAUCGGGCUUAACUUGGCAUAACCAGACACUCAGUCCAUGAUUACAAUGGUGUUUACCAUAGAGAAUCCGCUAAAAACACUCUCCAUGUAUUCUGAAAGCUGUAUUGUUUUAUUACGAGAAAUUACAAGUGAGCAGGAUUGAAAACAAUAACAUAAUCAUUGCUUGAAUUCACUGUGCUAUGAUGCACAUCCAUUCAUGUGAUAAAGUGCAUUUAUACAUAUUUAUCAAUGUGCUGAAGUGAAAUGGUGCAGUGACAACACAGGCAAUGGAGACCCAGUUUUCAUAUCUUGUGAAACUGAAAAUUUCAAGAUUCUGUUCUCAUAUAGUUUUGUGGAAUUGUGUUUGCCUGUGUUACCAUGGGCUUUAAAUAUUAUAAUCUGCCUGAGGGAAGGAAGCUGAUAUAGAGAAUACUGUAAAGUGAAGUUAAUAAUUACAAACAUGACAAUUCCUUUGUAGAAUGCAGUAUGUAUUGAUGUAGUAAUAUGGAACAUUUACCUUUCUCAGAAGUCAGUUCUACAUAAAUGCCAAGAAAGGGGAAACAUUUACACAUAUGUUUAUACAUACAUACAUGUGACCAAGAUAAUAAAUAUUAUGAUAAUGUUAUUAAUGCAGAAUUACAUGACACGGCAAAGAAUGGGAUGGUAAUGAAAUUUACUCACAUUUAAAGAGAGAGGCAUUGGAAAUUGUUUAGUUAUUAUUUGUUAAGCAUUUUUAUGAAUUAUGUAAAAUGACGCAGAUGACCAGAAUGUAGAUAAUGAAUAGUAAUCUAAUGAGAAUAUUUAAUGUUUCAGUCAUUUUGAUGAAGUGUUUAGGAGUAGUAAUAAGGAGCUUCCUGAGGGCAGAUUACAAGUGCUCUUGGACAGCUUUGGUGAUGCUAGAGCUAAAAAGUUGCUGGAGGUUAUGACGAUACUCCAACCACAUACUCACCUGAUGAACACUCAUGUUUGAAGCUGCUACCCAGAGCCUCUAAGUGCACUUGUAAUUUGUGUUGCGACAAGGGAAUUUGCGCCUUAUUCUGGCAUAACUAAGGCUCAAUGUCGCUCGUCACUGCACAUUUUCUACCAAAUAUAGUGUAAACAAUUAUGUAUGAUGAAAUAAACCAUGAGAAGUA